GGCUUCAUAGUCUAUGAUAAACGAUCCUUAUUCACCAUUGGAUCGAAAGUCUUACAGUACCUUAUUAUAUUCUCUUCAUACCUGAAUAUUCAACUAUAUGCAUGGUGUUUUUCCCUCUACUAUAUACUACGAAAAUAUCGUUAUUCAUGAUUGACAGAGAUAUAUGUAAAAUGCUACCAUUUCAUAAACUAUCUCGUCACAUUUCUGAAUUACAAGCAUUACUUUCUUCAUUCAACAAAUCCUCACAAGCUUUGGAACUUCUAGCAAAAGCACUAGACCAAAACCCAGAUAUCAAAACUUUGAAAAAGCUUCACACCAUGAUUUUUUAUCUUAAUUCACAUCAAAAUCCAUCUCUAGGAAUCAAACUAAUGAGAUCAUAUGCUGCUUGUGGAGAACCCGGGUUGACACGCAAGGUGUUCGAUGAAAUGUCUGAUAGAAAUGUUGUUUUCUAUAAUGUUAUGAUUAGAAGCUAUGUGAAUAAUCAUAGGUAUGAUGAUGGGUUGCUUGUGUUUAGGGAGAUGGUUAAUGGAGGGUUUAGACCCGAUAAUUAUACUUACCCGUGUGUUCUUAAAGCUUGUUCUUGUUCGGAAAAUUUGAGAUAUGGGUUGUUGAUUCAUGGAGAUGUGUUGAAGGUUGGGUUGGAUUUUAAUUUGUUUGUUGGGAACGGUCUAAUUGCGAUGUAUGGGAAAUGUGGGUGUUUGUUUGAGGCGCGGCGUGUGUUUGAUGAAAUGAUAUGGAAGGAUGUUGUUUCAUGGAACUCGAUGGUUGCGGGGUAUGCACAUAAUAUGCGAUUUGAUGAUGCGUUGGAGAUUUGUAGGGAAAUGGAGGAUUAUGGACAAAAACCAGAUGGAUGUACGAUGGCUAGUCUCAUGCCAGCUGUAGCCAACACUUCGUCGGAGAAUGUUUUGUAUGUUGAGAAGAUAUUUGUGAAUUUGGAGAGGAAGAAUUUGAUAUCGUGGAAUGUGAUGAUAAGAGUUUAUAUGAAAAACUCGUUGCCUACACAAGCUGUGGAUUUGUAUUUGCAAAUGGAGAAAUGCAGAGUGGAACCGGAUGCAAUCACAUUUGCUAGUGUUCUUCCAGCAUGUGGGGAUCUUUCGGCAUUGUUGUUAGGAAGGAGGAUUCAUGAAUAUGUUGAGAAGAAGAAAUUAUGUCCAAAUUUGCUACUGGAGAAUUCUUUGAUAGACAUGUAUGCUAGGUGUGGAUGUUUAGACGAUGCAAAAAGAGUGUUUGACAGAAUGAAGUUCCGCGAUGUUGCUUCAUGGACUUCGUUGAUAUCUGCUUAUGGUAUGACCGGGCAAGGCUGUAAUGCUGUGGCACUCUUCACAGAAAUGCUAAAUUCAGGUCAAGCUCCAGAUUCUAUCGCAUUUGUCGCAAUUCUCUCGGCUUGUAGCCAUUCAGGAUUAUUGGAUGAAGGGAGGAUUUACUUUAAACAGAUGACAGAUGAUUAUAGAAUAACACCAAGAAUCGAACACUAUGCUUGUUUGGUUGAUCUAUUAGGACGAGCCGGGCGUGUAGACGAGGCUUAUAAUAUUAUCAAACAAAUGCCAAUUGAGCCAAAUGAAAGAGUUUGGGCGACACUGCUUAGCUCUUGUAGGGUGUUUACAAACAUGGAUAUUGGGAUUUUAGCAGCUGACAACCUACUUCAAUUGGCUCCUGAGCAAUCAGGUUACUAUGUGUUGUUAUCUAAUAUUUAUGCAAAGGCUGGUAGAUGGAAAGAAGUGACAGAAAUUCGGUCAGUAAUGAAGAGGAAAAAAAUUCGAAAAACUCCUGGCAUCAGUAAUGUGGAGCUAAACAAUCAGGUCCAUACAUUUCUUGCGGGUGACACAUCGCAUCCGCAGUCAAAGGAAAUAUAUGAAGAGCUAGGUGUGCUAGUUGCAAAGAUGAAAGAGUUAGGAUAUGUACCUGAGACAGAUUCAGCACUUCAUGAUGUGGAGGAAGAGGAUAAGGAAGGCCAUCUGGCUGUUCAUAGUGAAAAGCUAGCUAUUGUCUUUGCUCUUUUGAAUACACAAGAGUAUCAAAUCAGAAUUACCAAAAACCUUCGUGUCUGUGGAGAUUGCCAUAUUGCUGCUAAGUUAAUCUCCAAAAUAGUUGAGCGGGAAAUUAUUGUUAGAGAUACUAAUAGAUUCCACCAUUUUAAGGAUGGUGUAUGCUCUUGUGGUGAUUAUUGGUGAGGGUUCUAAUGAAAAUUUAACGGAACACGCCACUAUAAAUACUAGAAUUUUGCAAUUUUCCGUGAAAUUUGGUUGUGCAUAUUUUAUUGUUAGUUGAUGUCAAGCCUGGUGACUGCUAUUGGAGCUUAGGUGCAGAUAUGCAUGAUUUGGAGGAGUACCAGCCGCAGCGUUAGAAUAAUGUAUCUUGAGGAAAGACAGUUGAAGCAAUAACCUUCUGCAAAGGUAAUUAAGGAUGCAUAUAUCUCUGGCAUGCUUUCUUGAAGAAUUACUGAUCCAUCAAAUAAAGAGCAGAUUGAACAGUGAAUGGUAUACAUCAAGACAAAUCCAGCUCUGAAACAUAUUUUACAAAGAGGAGUGAUAUUUGUACAACUCUUGUGACAACUACUUUUCUCCUCUUUUUAUUGGACAAAAACAAUGGAGAGAGAAAGAAGAAGAGAGAAAAUAAAAACACAUGUGAGUAUGAGAGAGGGUUGUUUCAAAAUUACAUGAGAUAGUGACUGGUUAGUGUCUUACUGUUGAGAUGAGGUUUAAUGACCUUUUUAAAUCAUCUUUUAUUGUUUUGCCAUUUCCAAAGUUAUAGCUAGACCAGAUUUAGGGGUAUAAUCAAGAUUGUAAAACUCAAUGGAGCUUCCAUAAACUGAACUCAUAUAAUUGACUCUAAAUAUUCCAUUA